AUGGCGUGUUCGAAAGAAAAAGAAGUACUUUUCAAUGUUCUUGAUUUGUACCGAGACAUGCCAUAUUUAUGGCUGAAAAGUCAUAAAGAUUAUUCCAAUCAACCACUUCGUACUGAAGGAUUCCGGGUGUUGUUGGAAAUUUAUAAAACCUUCGAUGAAAAGGCUACAGUCAAAACAAUAAAAAAUAAUUUGAUGAACAUGCGCACCAAUUACAAUAAAGAAUUGGCUAAGGUAAAUGCUUCCAAACAAACUGGCGCAGGGACAGAUAAAAUGUAUGUACCAACUUUAUGGUAUUACGACGCGUUAAACUUUCUUAGGUCAAGGAGUGAACCAUGUCGCAUAACACCAGAGAGCAUCGAAGAUGAAGAGGUAAAUUGUAUUCAAUUCUUUAUACCAACUGAAACAGCUGUUUCAUAG